AUGUCUGAUCUUCCACUUCAUAUUGCGCUCCACCUUGUCCCCUACCUAACACCUCGCGAUAUAGCACGUUGCCAAAAGGUCUGCAGAUCCUGGCACGCGACCUUCACUUGCCCAUCCCUUCUCUCUGCUGCGCUUCGUACGCACUUCCCUCGCGCCUACGAAGUCCGCACACGUGCCAUCCAGAACCCGUCCUCAUUUUCCACCAUCUCUGCCCGCUACAACGCCCUUCAGUCGGGAAUCCCACAACAAGAGUUACAUUUCCCAAUUAAGAAAUCGAGAAGAGAUGCGUAUAUAUGGACAUUCUCCUCCGAUCUUCUGGUUUUCCAGUCUUCACAUUAUCCGAAAGCAACUUUGUCACUCGUUUAUUUCGACCCCACUCCCGGUGGUAGGAAAGUAAAGUCCGGAAAAAUUGAAUUGGAAGAUCCCGCAAGGCCAGUAGUGAGGUUAAAGGUGUGCAGUGAUGUGUUGGUUGUUGAACGUUCCGAGGAAGUGAUAGAGAUGGGUAGAUCCCGUUUCUUUACUAGCACGGAGUGUUACCGUUUGAACUAUUGCGAAGACGGCGAUGAGGUGAAGGCAGCGAUGAUGUGCACUAUCGACACAUUCGAAUUUUUAUAUAUCGACUAUUCCUACCAGGUACUCAGCGAUCUAUCUCGCUACUACUAUGCGGCGUACUCAAGGUCGUACUCAAGGUCGUCGUUAGGCGGGGAGAGGCAAUUAUGUGUGUGGAAUGUAGCGACUGGGGAUGUGGUUAAAACUGUGCCGAGCGGAUCUCUAGAGGGGAUGGGUCUAACGGUAGAGCUUCUUCUCAUUGGUGAUAAGGUUGUGGUGGUAGGUGAUGAUAAGAGGAAUAAUAAUUUCAGGAGAUGGCGUCACUAUCAAGGAGAUUGGGGCUAUAUUUCACACUUCCGGGUCUUUGAUAUUGUAAACGAUUCACCGAAAGACCCAGUUGGCGGAUUCGUGGGGAGAAAGAAGGCAGAGUGUCCUAAGGAAUCGAAAAUCUCAACCACCCCGUUUAAAGUCUCCCGGCGCGCAGAAGAGGAAGAGGAAGAAGUAGCAAUCAUCCUGUGGGAACUCGAAGACAAGACCAACAACGCUACCGCACACCAUUAUACCCUUGCUACCUCUACCUCUUCUCCCUCUUCUCCGGAUCUCAUCAAUUCACCACUCGCACCCACCUACCAAUACCGUUUGGAUCAAAGCAAUGAUCCAUUGAGCUGUUUAGAUACCCCCACUGAUUCUAAAAAGACCUCUCCAUUUGUUGUAAAAUCAAAGGAAGCACUAAGUUUCGACAUGGAUUUUACUGGCCAAAACGAGGAGUUCCUGGAUACACGGCUAAUGCUGUACCAUCUCCGAAUCCAAAGCUUCUAUCCAUCCGCUGAUGUCCCGGGUGUAAUGGAGCUGGACUGGGAGACAAAAUUGAAGGACAGAGACGAUGAGAAAAGGGCGAGAAAGAUAUAUUCCACAGAUAGGAAUGUGAGUUAUCGGAAUAUUCAUGUGCAGAUGGAUGUAGCGGGCGAUGAGCGGAUGAGUGCAUUCUUGGAACUGACGGUCACUGGGAUGGAGCUAGUGAUGGUGGUGUGGGAUCAACCAUUCAAGAUCGGGGCUUGA